AUGUCAAGUCUAGCAAGAAGACGGAAGACCUCAGUGCUAGGCUCAAAAAGAUGGUGGCAGGGUGGCUGCUGGGCCACCAGGAGCCACCAGGAAGCUUACCUCCGUAAACUAUACGCCAGGAAAAACGAUCAAGUUAACAAAAUUGACGAUGAAUCUGCCAAUCGACGGGAUCUACCCAGUAAUUGGACACCUGGCACCGUCUACGAGUUACCUUCCACCGAUGAACAUUAUUUGGAUGCUUUUCUGAGGAAUCGUGAAGAUGGAAACGAGGAAGAUGAUGUGGUUGGUGUUAUGGUCGGGUGUCCAGCUUUGGCUACAACGAGAGCUAGCCCUACGGAGAAGUGCGUGGAAUAUCUGAAUGGUGCUCACGACGUUGCUGUGUUUGAAACCGAACGCAGGAUCACAGGGGAGCCAGUGAUACCUGAUUGUGGCUCCUUGCAUUCGGGUUAUGAUGUCGCCGCCUCUGCAGAAAAGGUGUGCAGAAGCUGCAGGUGUCCCAGGGAGGAGCAUCAACGGACCUCGACGGAGGCGGGCGGUCCCUCGGGACUCGGCCUCGGUCCUGGUCCGCCGAUGGCCAUGGCCAUGGCUUUUCAGAGCGGGGCCGCCGGUUCUUCUCACCAGGAACCUUUCAAGAGUCCCGUGCAACCGGCUCCGCCAGGCCUCGCCCUUCAAGAGGCUCUGAUGCAUCAUCAGAGGCACUCGCAGAGCGACGAUGACAGCGGAUGCGCGCUCGAAGAGUACACGUGGGUCCCGCCAGGCCUCAGGCCAGAUCAAGUACACCUGUACUUCAGCGCGCUACCGGAAGACAAGAUCCCGUACGCGGGCAGCGCCGGCGAGCGGGAGCGAGUUAAGCAGCUGCUACAGCAGCUCCCACCGCACGACAACGAAGCGCGGUACUGCAGCGGCCUGAGCGAGGAGGAGAAGCGGGAGCUUAGGGUAUUUGCCGCGCAACGGAAACGCGAGGCGCUUGGACGGGGACACGCGAGCCAGCUGGACAGGCCCCACGGCGCCGGAUGCCGCGAAUGUACCAGGCCGAUCGCGGCCGGCGAGAUGGCGGUGGCUGCGAGCCGCGCCGGUCCGUCCGCCCUCUGGCAUCCGGCCUGCUUCGUCUGCUGCGUGUGCAGGCAGCUGCUCGUCGACCUGAUAUACUUCUGGAGGGACGGCAGGUUAUACUGCGGCCGGCAUCACGCGGAAACGCUGAAACCAAGGUGCUGCGCCUGCGACGAGAUCAUACUUGCCGACGAAUGCACCGAGGCGGAGGGGAGGGCGUGGCAUAUGAGGCACUUCGCGUGCCUCGAGUGCGAUCGCCAGCUUGGUGGUCAGAGGUACGUGAUGAGGGAAGGUAGACCUUACUGCCUCCGAUGUUUCGAUGCUUCGUUCGCCGAGUACUGUGACAGCUGUGGUGAACCGAUCGGCGUGGAUCAAGGGCAAAUGUCACAUGAGGGUCAACACUGGCACGCGACUGAAGCUUGCUUCUGUUGCGCAACUUGCCGUACGUCCCUUCUCGGACGGCCGUUUCUUCCGCGAAGAGGUGCUAUUUAUUGCAGCAUAGCCUGUAGCAAGGGAGAACCCCCGACAACACCGAGCGAUUCUUCUGCUGGACCGCCACCACCACCUUCCUUUCUUAGAACUGGUCGGAGACCACCGCCACCAAGCGAAGGUUCCUCUAGCCCACCACCACCUCCGCCGCCUCCACCACCGCCUGGAUCCAGACACACCCUCUGUUCACCUCGUAACUCACCUCGAAUGAAUAGGAAGCAUCAUCAAACGUCUGCUUCCCUAGCGACAACACCUACGCAAAGCACUUUGAGUCCUGAAUUCCCUACUGAAGGAUUCCCUUCAAGCGGUUCCAAACCGAGUGGCCUUGACCGAGUGUUGCUCGAGAGGAAUCUUGAGAGACUCCUCCAGGAACGUAGUUCACAUCCAGAGGAAAACCGUAACGAAUUGGGAAGGUUAAUGCAGGCAAGAGACCGCGAGCCGUUGAGAUGCAUUCAAAAUUGUGCUCCUUCCCACGCGUCGAGCAUGCCAGAGCUGCCUCCACCUCCCCGGCCUCCGUCCGGAGCGUCGGCGUCGGCGUCAACGUCCACAUCGACCGGAGUCGUCGCAACCGCGAUUCCCGGGAUCGUGUUGGAAUCGGCGACGUCGCCGACGACCCUCGUCGUCAACCAAACGGACCCUCCGACGCCGACGUCGCGGCGCGUGCGGUUCCAAGGCGACUUGGACGUGAACGACCAUGCUGCAGGAUCGUCGCGCGUCACCCUAUCGCCCAACAACGAUAGGAAUUCAUCCUCAUCACCCUCUCCUCCCCCAGCGUCGCUGCCGAGAACGAAUGUGUCUCGAUCGAGAAGCCUGCAGCCGGAGGAAGUCGCUAGCACGUCCGCCUGGGGUGUCGCUGGGAGCUCAAAAUCAAGGAUAGAGGGCGACGACGACGACGUGGAGUCUUGCUGUUCUACCUGCAGCUCCUCAAGCAGUUCCGAUGAAGCUGCUGCCUACGCCUUGCCACCGAGAAGAGCAUACGGCGGUGUCAGGAUUUCUUACGUGCCCAACGACGCAGUGGCAUGCGCGAGGAAACGUACACCGACGUCUUCAAUGUCGAAUCAAGCGCAUAGGGAUGCAGACAAGUGUAUUGUGUCCUGAUGAUCCCCUGAAGAGUUUCAAUGAUCUUUACGUCGAUAUCAAUGUAUUGUCCAUUGAGGGAAACACUUUUACUUCACUGCCAGUUGAUGUGAAGAAGAAAUUCGUGCGAGUCUCGAACCGAUGAACAACGCGAAAAAUAUGGACUAACGCGAUAAAAUACAAGAGUUCCUAAAACCGACGUAAGAUUCGCUAUGUUUCCAGCACUCGAGACUCAGAUAAACGAUUUAAUAUACUCGUGUACAUAAUGAACGUACUUCCGAAAUGAUCGCUCGUGAAGACCGAACAAUCGCGGCGAUCGCGCUUCUCCUAUUUUUAAUACCCCGGUGUAUUUGAUAAUAAUAACGAUGAUGAUAACGUUAUAUUUUAUUACCAUUGCCAUUCCCGCUGCGUAAACGACAGUUCACACGGGCGCUGUGUUCUUGUUCGAGAUUCGAUCGUCUUGUCUUGACCAACUUUUUUUAGAUAAUAGUUCGAAAGAAAAAGGUUGGUCAACUCUACAAAGUAAAUAGUAUUUAACCGUGAUGCGACUGCAUGGCGUUACGCUGUAAGUACAAAUGAAGAGCGUUCGGGCCGAGAUGUAGACAAUCUGAAAAGUAUUUGGAAAAUAAAUUGAGACGAAGACUAAUUAAGCAAUUAUAUUGUUGUACGAUUUGAUUUUACCCGAUAUUUCCUUCAUUUUUUACAUUUCUUUAUGCUAAAUCUAUUUGUCAUUUUCUGUCAUUUGGAUCUUUCUAUUAACAUUGAAUCACAAAUAAAUAAUAAAUGAAUAAGAAUAGAGUAUAAAUAGUAAGGUUAUAAAUAAUAAAUAACAUUAAAAAUAAUGUUCUCAACUUUCUACUUAAAAUUUAUAAGUUCAGUUCAAAAUGUAUAUGUUUAAGCAUUAGAUCAUGGCAAAUACUCAUCUUUAAAAAUAUGCACUGCUAAACAGGGAGAAAACAGGGAGAAUAUAUGUUACAACCAAAUACAUCUUUCUCUACCACUUAAACGAUAAUUAGCCGAAUUAAUUCAACCAUCUUUAACGCAUGAAAACUCGCUUUCUACUCCUCCAACCUAAAGGUAAGAUCGACCAUAAGCGAAGCAAUAUUCGGAAAAAUCGUAAAUGUCUCGUUCGAGGAUCGUUGCACCGGAGCAAAAUGCGGGAUAACCUACAAUCGAAGCAGCCGAUAGAAAUCAGUAUGAUGAACUAUUUUAUCAACGGCAAAAUCUAAAGCUGUAUCAUUAUUGAAACAACAAUGACAAAUUUUGUGUUGAUAUUAUAUUGAUGUCUGUUGAAAAAGUUAAUGGUUGUUGUCCAGUAUUUCUCCAUGUUUCUCACGUUCCUACUUCUAAGAACAGAAAUGGCUUUGAAACCAAAAUAAAAAACGUGUUCUUCUAAUUAUGUCGCAUCAAUGUGAAGAAAAUUUUUCUACAAAUUGAUACUUUGAUACAUACUUCUUAGGUACUGUUUGGAACAUGGAACAACAAGUAACAAUAUCGAUACAUAUCUCUUUAUGAUUCUGUCUCUAAAAACAAAUGUCGUUUUAAAACCAAAACAGAACCCAAAUAUUUCCCUAAUUAGGAUGAUUGUCAGUAUGGACAAAAUGCUUGCACAACUAUUAACUUGUGGUAUAUUGUUGUAUAUAUAUGUUAUAUAUAUUUGUAUAGCAAAUAGUUACUCGUUAUUGUUUCAUUGAGCAUGAAGUUUGAGUAGACAAAACUGCGCUGUGCUUGUCAUCCGAUUAGAAGGGGAAAAAUGAAAACGCACGGUUGAGCAGUGAAAAGAGCGAAAGUGGUUUCUCUCGGCUGCACCAAACGUCUGUUGUUAUGCCACUAUCUCGUCUACUUGUUACACUCAUAAAACGUUUCUCUCUCUAUCUUUCUUUCUUUAGCUUUCUCUUAUUUCACGCGAGAGAGAUCUCUGGUUUAUGAGGAAUCGUCGGAAGAACGAGCCACGCCAAUUUAUUAUCUACUAACGUACACGUUUCCGAUCAAGGAUCCUCAUGUUGCGAAACAUUAGCAUAUGGCGUACGUCUAUUAUCCAUGUCCCGCAUAUCGACGUAAUCGAAGGUUUCAAACAGGUGCGUGCCCAAAUGAAACUAUACGAUUAUGUCAUGGUAAUCCCGAGGAACAACAAGUACACGGAAUUAUGAAACUGCUUGGGAGAUUUCGUGACCUGCUGGAGAUCUAUAGAGAAUUGUAUGAUAAAUUGUUUUAGUUGGGUUUUGUAACGCUGACUUAAUUUGCUCUAGUGUUGAAACAGGUGUAAUUUUAUGUUAUUUGAUAUUUGAGUAUUAGCAAAUAAUGGAAAAAUCUUCAAUUUAAUUUAAAGAGUGAUAAGAGAGUUUUAAUAUUCAGAUAGGCUAAGGUGGUAUCUAUGUGUUUUUGGAUUAUUACUUUUUUAUUUUUAACAGUUUGUUUUUUUGGCGAAGACUGAAACGCAGGUCCAUAAUAAUUUUAAAAAGUAUUUUUUCUUUCGUUUUAUGUGAUUCUACUAUCCAUGCUUUAAAACGCUUGAAGUGAAAUCCUCGUUGUAAAUCGCGUGUUUGGAACAGUUUUACUGGACAAUUACGCAAAUUGACGUACGGACGUUUCUCGAGAAGCAUUUUUCUUGCAUUCAUUGUACACUUCGCUGGUUGCUAAUAUUGGUAAAAAAUAUACAUGUAUAAUUAAUUAUUUACAAUAAAAAACAUUUCAAAACAAAUGACAAAUAUUUCAAUUAAAUUUAUAAACAAUAAAACUCCUAACAAACUAUCAAAAAUAUUAAUCGAAUUUUAAAUAUCCUUUAUAAUUUUUAAACAAUAUAAAACAAAAUAGUAAAAAAUAAUGUUUAGUUAUUUCACAUAAAAAUGAUUAAGAAAUUGCAAUUGAUUGAAUUCGUAUAGUGGGACAAAUUAGAAUUAAUCUACAUUCUCAUUAAACUACAUAUUUCCACAAACACAAACUCUAUUUUUAAGAUUAUAGAGUUAUAUAGUGUAUAAACUAGGCCGAGAUUGCGCAACUAUAACACAUAAGUGACUCGUAGCAACUGUAUGUGUUUGAAGGAGAACGCAUUCUCGCGUAGAUGCUUCUUUUUACGGAAUCCUCCUCGGACGCGUAACACGGGCCAUAAUGCCAUGUUAUGGAACUUUGCCAUUGUAUUGUUUCCGUGGAUCUAUUUGCGAUACACGAGUGUUUCUUUCAGCACAUUCACCUAUGACCCCAGUCGUCGAGUUUGGUAUGAAAGCUAACCUUAAAUCUUUACAUCAGUCCUAUUUUCAGUAGUAUAUAAAAUUUGUUCGAACUUUCAAUGAUUUUGAGUUUUCAAAUUGAUUUGUUUCAUUACAGAUAACAUUCUUUAGCAGUAAUAAUAAAAGGAUGUCUAUGUUUUAAAAUAAUAGGCAUACAAUAAUUUUGUCUAUAUGAAUAGACUUUAUGAAAAUAGAAGCUAUUAAUUAUUGUUUACACGUUUCUGACGGCCUAUUAACUGUUUAAAAUAAAAAUAACAUUGUUUAAUAAUAAAAAGAUAAGAAUGUAAUAGGUAAACCUAAACGACCACCUGUACAUACAAGAUUUCCAUUUUGCUUAUCUCCUAACUUAAACCCACCAAAAAAGGCACCUCGAGUACAUGCGAGGUGUGCAAGGUGUUCGUGCGCCGUGGAAUGUAGGAAAGAAUGGCCAUGGAAGGAAUGGCAGACCCACUGGCCAUAAUAUUGAGCUACGCACACGCAACUGCUUGCCAUUCCAUAUAUACUUAGCGCCUUCGUCGAUGUUUUAAUGACGACACUGUCAUGGAAACGUAUUCUGCAGGCAGAAUCAUGGAGUCCUUCUGCCCUUUCUUCGUGGUGGACCGCGGAGGCAUUCCUUACAGCCCCCCGUAACAUGUUAUCACGUCAACUUAUGUAAUGUUAAAAAUUUGACUAUGUUUGAUAGUAAAAGAUUCUUAACUUCGAAUAUGUUGAACUCAUUGAAAUAAGCUGAAACCAAUUUACUUUUAACAGAUGAAUAACUUCUCUAUUUUGCAAAAAAAAAGAUGAAAGCUUUAAUAUUCUUUGCACGGUUUAAAUUGUCACACUUUGUUACUGCUACAUUGUUACACUGUGUAGUAUUAUACUUAAUACUGCUUAAACACUGUUCGAUGCGUUUCCUGACCCCUUGAAGUUAACUAUGUAUGUAUAUAGAAUGUUGGUGAGACGACGGGAAUCUUUUCACCCGGCUCUCACCCGGAAACCUCAACAGCGUUAAACGUGGCAGUAUUAAAUAUUGGAUUGCCAGAUAAGUCUUAAACCUUUCAGAGGUCACAUUUUUGCUCAGAAAGAAGAAAAAUUCUGUAUGAAUGGCAUAAUGGAAUUAUUCAAUAGGUGGCAGAAUAUUAUUGAAUAAAGUGGUGCAUAUUUGAUUUAAUUAUAUUAUUACAAAGUGUUCAAAUAAAGUAUAAUUCAUACUAGAAAAGCUUCAAGACUUAUCUGAUAAUCCAAUAUAAUAUUGCACAGUGUAACAAUGUUAAGUGUAAAAAAGAUGAAGAUUAUAUUGAGGAUUGGAUACAUUAUUUCAGGUAAAACUCGGCAAAGUUUCUGCUAUCCAGAACGAAUCUUGACCUCUCCUUGUGCGUUUCGUCUCAUUUAAAUCACGGGACUGAAUGAAAUCUCGUUUUCCCGUUACAUGGAAUCUGAUUCAUGCGCGAAUCACGCCGAUCGGCGUGGAAAGAGAACGCAUUCUUCUCUAGCCGCUUCUAUCCACCGUAUCUUCGGCCAUUCUGGAUGCUGGACACUUUGUAGAUACGUCCAAAUAACGUUCCAAAUAGAGAGAAUCAACGAGCAAACAUUGGUGUCACGAAACAAAGGAACCCUCUUAUCCGGCUACGAGGAACGCGAAUGCAAAGAAUUCAUUAUUCAAUCGCGCCUCCGGUACUCGUGUUGUGCCUAUUAUUGAGUACACGGGCUUUUGUAAGAAAAUUCUUACGAGAUCCCGAUGAGUGAUCGUUGGAUAUGCGAAGUUAUAUAGCGUCACGCGUAUCGGACUUUUUGCGGUGAGGUGGUGACAGUCUGAGCUGGAAUUAAUAACAAAAAAAUGCAUCUAUAAGAUUAGUUUACUAGGCUUAUAAAAUUGGAGGAAUUUUAUAGCGUUGAUCCUUGAUGACCUUGAUUUAUUAAUUGAAUUCAUAAAUGGUGAAACCAUUAGCAAGAAAUUGCUAGACUAUGGAACAUUAAAACAUUUUAUAUUAAUAAGUGAUUAUUGAACUGAAAAACAUAAAAAUAUUUUAUAUAGAUUAAUUUUUAAGCUAGAAUAAUAUGAAAUUAGUUUAUGCUAUAUAGAGUUAUAUAGCAUUAUAUAUAGUAGUUAAUGAGACCAUAGAUUUAACAGUAUGAAAGAAAGAGAAAAUAUUGAAGAAUGCAGUGUGGCUUAUAAUGCGCCAACAGUAGAGAGAACUAAAAAGGGUGGUUAAAAGAACAUAAAGAGUGUGGAAAGUCACUAAAAUAACAGUAGAAUCCUGCAAGAUCACAAAUAAAAAGAAGCCCAACUGUACAUGAUAAGGUAAUGAAAAAUAUAAUAUCAAUAUCUAAUAACAAAAUGUUACAAUUAUAACCUUAAAAGAAAGAAGCUAACCUAUUUCUGUGCCAGGAACAGAAACCAAGACAGACCAAAAGAGCGAAGAAGAGAAAUGACGGUAGUGUUCGUUGCGCGAAGAUGCAUCGAAAAUUUCACCUGACCAGCAAUGGUCAAUUUCACGGAUAGCAAGAGCGUACCAGAGACUGAAUCGCGCGAGUUAAUCAUACGCGACGCAAGUAGGCCGACCUGGGCAAAAACAAACGAUAUGCGCACGCGGCCGUGCCGCGUGCGAUACAUAUAAUUGGCCAACGUAUUGCUAGCGGCUCGUGAAGUAUUCCAGCAAAUCCGACAUACAUUCCAGCGCGGAUCCCGGCUACUUACGUUCCGCCUCGCUGUGGAAUGCAGUCACCUUGUGGCAGGUGUACGGUGUACCGAACGUCCUCAAACAUUUCAACCUCCUACUUUCCCCGAUUUGAAUUCAAAUGCGUCUUCGUUGCGGCAAGUGGGAGCAACGGGAUCUGGCUGAACCAGUCGUUUCGGGAUUGGUCUUCCCUCGUUGUACCAUUGAAGCACUGAAACAUUGAUUAUUGUUUGAUAUCUGAUUUUUAGAGAUUUUUGAUAUUAAAAGAAAUAAGAUUGAUUGGAUAUUCAUCCUUAAUUAAUGAACUGUGCAUAGUUAUGCAAGUUCGUAUUUUUAUGAAUGCACCCAUAUGAAAGAAUACGGCAUAAACAGAGAGAGAUUGACACGUUAUAUAGCUUUCAAUAAGAGAACUACUACGACGAAUAGUGGGGUUAGUGGCCUUGAACGGUCAAAUAUUUUUCACUGCCUAUUCACACUUAACUCCACACUUCUCCUGCAUAACACAAUACAAUGCCCUACAUCAUAACAACAUAAACUAAAUUACAAUAAUGGACUACAAUAUAACAACAACAAAACUACAUUAUAAUACUAAUAAUAAACCUAUAAGAAUACAUAUAUCUAAUUUCACGGUUCAUCUUCUUUUAUUUCAUCAGUCAGAAUCAGCUUGCUUUUUCAUAAUCUUAUAUGAUAACACCUUUUGCAUCCUGGUGACGAAUGGUUAUCUGUAUACUAUUACUAUAAAUUAUAAUCGUCCUAUGUAGCACAAAAGUAUUACAGUAAUCGUCCUAAAUGUACCUCAGGUGAAUACUUCAACUUGCAUAGAAGCAAUUUGGAUAGGCAACCAAUGAUCUAUUGAAGAAAAUAAAUGAAAAAACCAAUGGAAUGGAAUAAUUUUAGGUUAGAUAUACACGAAUACGAAUCGAACUAACGGGUCCAUGGAGCUCGUUUACGCGACCUCUGGGCGGUCAUCUCGUGGUUAAAUGCGCGAGAGGCUUUCUCCGUGGAUCGGAAUGCGGCCUCUCCCUCUGACCGGCUCUCUGACUUGCUUCGAGGAUAGCCAUGGAGCUGUACGUCGGCUUCCAGGUUCGCUCUUUACUGAUUCUAGUUUCCCCAUGGCUACAUGCCGGAAAAUCGGAUACCGGUUACUUCUUUCUCGAAAUAUAGUUGGUAAAGUUCAUAUUUCUAACCUAUCAACAGUUCAAUGUAAACAGAUCUUACGCCGCACGUGUGUUGGAUUUUGUACAAUUUUCUGGAUAACAAGUGUCUGACUAAAGGACUGAAAGUCUGAGAAAGUGUUUGAUGAUAAAGUUUUUUUCUAUUGAUUAAAAAUUUCUUAAUUCGUGUACUCAUUCUAUCUAUUAUUCUUAAUUCUAUACCGAAAUGAUAAGUGUUUGGAAAUUUUGAAAUUGAAAUUCCGAAGAAGCUUCUGAUUAAAUUUAACGUUCAAUGGAUUAAAAAUUAUCUACUUCCAACUUUCAUGUUUGUUUGGAGAUGACGAAAUAUUAGAAAAUCUGAAAAGAAAUGAAUUUUAUAAUUCACUAAGCAUUUGUUAUGAGCUGCGGUCUAUCAGAAGUAAAGUAGUUUUUUAUAAUUGAAAUCAGAGGCUGUGUAGAAAUAUGUGCAACUGAUACUCCAAUAAUCUUAGAUUGCAAAAUGUUGCCUCGCUGGUGACUCAGUAAUUAAGCAUUUCCAGAGCGAUAACUAGCGAAAAAUUAUCCACGCGUAGAGCAUUUCGAUUAGAGAUCAACUACAUACUGCGACAUGAUACCGUACACACUUGCGGACAGAUAAUUUGGUCGGUAAUUUAGUUAGAUACUGAACAAAAAGGGUUGUAUGUAUCUCUGGAUUAUUUGACUCCUGCAUUCUUGAAUCCUGAUAUCUUCGAAAUAUUUCACUCUAGGAUUAUGUACUUUGACUUUCUUCGAUUUUGGAUUUUUUGAGCUUUUGGAUCUUUAGACUAUUUAUUCCUAUUUUCCCUUUAAAACUCGAAUUAUGGUGCCUACACUUUCAAAUAUUUCGAAUUUUAGACUAUUUAUUUUGGUUCUUAGAAUUUUCUCAAAUUCCAAUUUCCUAGAAAGAAUUUAUAACUUCUCAAAACGUCGAUACCAUUUGGUAACAAACUUUUACCGGGCAUAGAGCGCAAGACCUGUUUGCCAGUCUGUACGCAGCCUAAGGCGCGAAUGAACACCACUCGAUCAAGCUGUAGACCGCCGCGUGCCUGAACAGCUCGCUUUCCAUUCCGAUAGAGAGGUUUUGCUCAUGCUGUUACAAGUUAAAAUGUACAGGCUCUGGUAUAAACAGCAGAUCUAAUUUGCGCUUGACGGGCACGUUUACUACGCGAGUAAUCGAAGUUGAAUGAAAUUUAGUUUUCGUUCGAAGGAUACCUCUCCCGAUGGGUCGACGAUAUCAGAAUACUGAUUUGCCUCGAAGGCUGAAUUGCAUAAAUUUUUCGCGAUCAGAAACGCAAACUCGUUGAGCAAGUAGAGUUUCGCGGCUGAUCGUUGCCUUCUUUUACUUCAUCGGCCGAACUCACGUCGCUUUUCCAUAAUCGUCGUAAACAUCUUGUGCCUUCUGCAUCCUAAUGGCGAAUGGUUAUAUUAUUUUUAAUAAUACAAUCUUGUUAUCAAAGAUAGAUGAUAGUUUUGAAAAAUAUUUUAAUAUCAUUUUUGUUAACAUCACGUUGUAGAAUCGGAUAAAAGGAUUUGGACAGUCUGUGAGAUGAGUUGGUAACCUUGGUGACAACAAGUACGACUUCCAAAUUUGAACAUGCGACAUAUAGGUCAAGGUCAUUACAGAGAUUAUAUUCAUACAGAUGUGAACUAGAAGAUUUUUUUAGAUAUUCCAAUUUGUACGCGAGAUUAUAGACCAUGUUAUCAUUUAGAUAAUAAUCAAUUAAUAAAAACGUUGAGUAGCCAAAUAUUAAUCAGGCAUAACAGCAGAGAAAAAUAUUCAUAACUGUACAAAUAUGUUCUAUUCUCUUCUAUCUAAGAUUAUUUACAAACAUGUAAUGUAAACACAAUAAUACUACCAAAAUAUUCCCAAUAUAAUGCUAUACUACGAUAUCUGUCCAUUUGCUUAGUCCUUCCCUAGAUCCAUUCUUACAUAAAAUGAGCGAUUAAAAGCUCGAACUCAUUUUUAGUUAUCUCAAUCAUGUUCACAGAAUUCGAGACAAAUUGGUGACCUGAAUGUCAUGCAGUCUCCCUGUCAGAGGGAGCCAGAGAGCGCAGGAAGAAACAUCAGGCCGCGGCGCCGCGCGCGCCUGAGGUACAGUGCCGCGAUGCACCAGGAGAAGGGGCAUAGAAGCAGGUAUUCAGGCGAACUCGCAGGCAGCCUUAAGAAAGCAGGCAGUCGGUAAUAUGGCGGGGGGUAAACGUAAGGGGCCGUGCGAGAGCGUAAAGUGAGUUUUCGCUCGCGGCUGCUUUGCAAUGCCAGGCAGUUGAGGUGAGUCGAGUCGAACAGAGCCUAGCCGAGCUUCUUGGAGUCAGUCUGGGACGUGGCCCCGUCGCAUCCUUCUCGACCGCUGUGGUAUCUUUGUGUGUAUAGCUACCACCUGUCGAAACUGUACGAUCUUAUCGUGCAUCGUCGCAAUUGACCGCCCAAUAUCGAAAUGGCUACGUCCUAAAGUCACGUCUUCCAACUGUCCAGUGAAUCAUCGUGGUUCACCGAUCGCGCGGACAGACGUUUACUUUUCUUGCGUCUCGGCAAUAGCUGGAGUGGAAUCACUCGUACGAUCUUGUUGUUUCUUUCUUUGAACGACGAUGACGCCGCCUCAGAGAUGCGUCGUCUGAGAUUUACGGACUUCUUGGUGCAGUGAUUUUGUGUGUGCGUGACCGAAGCAUCAGCUGGAAAUUUCCCGGACAAUUCAACAGGUAGGGAGAUUGUAUUGUCGGAUCUUUUUUGAUGGUUCAGUGAAGCGAUUGCACGGUUCGUGUACGGAUCUUUCCAAUUUUGUCCCUGAAAUAUUAUUUCGUUAACUAUUAUGAUAUACAUAUAAAGUUAUAUUAAUAGUUUACAAACCUGAGAUUAGACAGAAAGUUAUUAAUGUGAUCGUUAAAAGAAAUCGAAAGUGUGUGCAUGCUUGUCGAGAAUUAGAUGAAAAUUAAAUCCGAAGGUAAAUUAGGUCCGAAGAGAAUAAGUCAAUAUAAUGUUUAGGAUAAUUUCGAGGGAAUUUGAUCCAGUAAUAACAUUCAGCUUGAAGAGCUAUCGAUAAUCGUUCAAUCGAUCAACCACGAAGGACAUUUUGUUUUUUCCCUUUUUUAUCGUCGCGCUCUUCCUGCACCAUCCACCACAUUGUAUUUGUAUUCCUCCCUGCGUAUUCUACGGUAAUAUCGUGUGUAUGGCGUAACAGCUCAUUAUACAUAGAAUGCUAGUGAGAGGAAGUUUAAUGGCAGCAACGUCAUCGGCGUACCUCGCCUCUUCGUUUUUCUUAAUUAUGCCUGAAGAAAUUGCGCCUCUCUCAUCUGCAUAAUUCUGCAUUGUAAGCUCGUUCAUUUAUCCUCCUACAUCCUGAUUAUGCGCAUUCGUUUCGUUCUAACCUGUUUUCGAGGCAGCAUUGUCGACAUAACCCAUUAUUAUUAUCUGUCGUGUUUACGUAUUUCUUCACGGAUUCUUGGUACUCGAUGAAAGUCUUUUCCUUGGUCAUUGCAUUCCUUUCUCGAAAUUCGUCAUUCCACCUCAUCAUAUCGCCUCUAUCAUGCGACAUAAUACUGUCGGAUCUCGUAAUAUCUUCCCAGGUGAAAACGCGACUAGACAGUGAGAACGAAACAAAAACUGAAUGAGUGUCCGCUGGAAACGUAGCUUGUUUUCUAAGACACGUCAAGGAGAAUGGCGCGAUGGUGUACUCUUUAUAACUCCGUAGUUUCGCUUACUCCCGCGAUCGCGCCACAAAUUUUCUUUUCUUGCUCUCUCUCGAGAGAUCUCGCAUCAAUGAGAACGAUCAGUCACUGCGACGUACAUACUUAGAAACGCUACCAUUUUCUCUGGAGUAAUCCGAGAAAUAUUUCUUCUCCUGCUAUUGUUUUUUUGUUUCGCUUCACCUGUUUUGGCAUUCCACGGUUUAUCAAAAUUUUGUACAUAUAAGUUUCACAACCAUCCAUAUUUCAUUCUUCUUUCAACUAUUUCUUUUUUUUCUUACUUAUGUAUACUUUUGUACGAUUGUAAACAGAAUUGUGAGUAAUUUCUUGGAGGAGACUAGCGAAACAA